AUGUCCGGAGCGAAGCACAUCGUUUUCGAUAUAGUUGGCACGCUUGUGUCGCACGAGCAUUUCUAUGCCGUCAUCGACCAACGCCUGGGCCCCAAACUUCAGGCCAACAACAUCUCCGCACGUCUCCUUGGUUUCGCUUGGUUAGAGAGCGCGGAGCGUGAGUACACCUACCUCUCGAUUUCGGGCUCUUACGUACCUUUCGCGAAGGUCUUCGAAUCCAUCUUCUUCCGCUUCCUGCAUUUUGCUGGCGUAGCAGAGCCGCGCAGCGUCGCGACCGAGGAAGAUGUGAAAUAUUUCAUGCAAGAGUAUAGGAAUGUGGACAUAAUGAAGAAGGCUGGCUGGACAGUCUGGGCGUUCACUAGUGGCGACCGUCCAAGAAUUAUGGGCUACUUCGAAAGAGGCAACAUUGACAUCGACAACAACCAUAUUGUGACGUGUGACGACGUUGGUGUGGGAAAACCGGAUCUCAAGGCGUACGAGAAGCUGAUAGAAAAGAUUGGUGUUGACAGCAAAGCUAGUGAUCUUUGGUUUGCGGCUGCACACGCUUGGGAUGUAAGCGCAGCGGGUAGGGCAGGGUUCAAGACAGCGUAUUGCUCGGUGUUGGAGAAGGAGGCAUUAGACGAUGUGUUUGGCAAGAUGGACGUUGUUGCUGCAACGCUGCCCGAACUUGCAGAAAAGGUGACUUCACAGUGA